AUGAUCCUGCUAUUAUUAGCCAUUCCAAUAACUGUUCUUGCGGAGAACUUUCUGGUCGUUAGCAUGGACCAAGGACGUUCUCAUACCGGAUCGUUUGCUCCACUAAUGCAUCGUCUUCAACAACAUAAUCAUUCUGUCUCUGUCUAUUUCAACAUCUUCAAGCCUGAAAUGGAUUUUGGACUAAAAAACGAGUUUAUAGACGUUUCUGAAUUUCCAAUGGCCCAGAGCAUGUUUGGUCCGGACAGUGCUUUCUUCAAAAUUGUAUGGAGGAUGGAGCCGUCAGUCGCGCACCAGACUGUUGCAUUCUACAAGCAUGCAGAGAUUUGCAAGACGGUCUUGGAUAAGAAACGUUCACAGUUCAACCGACUAGCACAAGGUAACUGGGACAUGGUUUUUGCUGAUUCGCUAUUUGCUGUCUGUGGUUACGGUAUUGCAAAACUAAACAGACGUCAUCAUGUGAUGAUUCAUUCCAGUGAUAUGGAAAGUGCACAAAGUACUGCAAAAGCCUUUCAUAGAAACUACGCUUUGCUUCCUCCGAACUUCAUGUCAUACAGCUACUCGUGGAGAGAUCCAUCAUUUUUCGUCGACAGGAUGAAGUCAGCAGUUGACUGGUUUGGAUCAAUCAUUGUUACAAGUGUAAUUUCGGAUCAAUUUAUGAAAGUGGCUCUGUCACCUAUAGUGCAAGGAUUUUCCUUUGCUGAGUUCUGCCGCACUAGCACAUUCAGCUUUACUGACAUGCCAGAGCUACUGUAUCCUCCUGCACCUCGUACAAACGAUUACUACUCUUAUGGAUCAUAUUGCAAAGAAGGAAAGCCACUGCCAAAGGACCUCCAAGAUUUUGUGUCAGAUCCGCACUCCCGAGGAACCAUAGUUGUUGCAUUUGGAACCAUUGUACCCUGGGAUGCUGCUCCACUGAACAAAUUGCAGUCUUUCGUGGACGCACUCAACAAUUUUACGGACUAUCGCAUUGUUUGGUCGUAUAAUGGAAGAAAGAUCAAUGUGGAGAAGCAUAUCAAACUUUCUAAGUGGAUACCUCAAAAUGACCUGCUACUACAUAGGAAGACUGUUCUCUUCAUAAGUCAUGGAGGUCUCAAAAGUGUAAAAGAAGCAGCCUGCAGCGGAACUCCUUCACUUCUUAUGCCCAUGUUUGCCGAACAGAUGAGAAAUGCAUGGUUAGCAAAGAAUAAGGGUUAUGCGGAAAUACUGAACAAAUUUCUUGUAUCGAAAGCUUACCUAGAGCAGAAAAUUCGCGAUAUACUGGUUGACCCAAAAUAUGCGGCAAAAGGAAAAGUUUUGAAAGAGGAGAUUCUAGACCGACCAUUACACUCUCUCGAUCAUGCCACAUUCCUCGUGAAUCGUCUGCUCAAGUAUGGGGGAAAAUUACCACAAUUUUUUUACCCUCGUUCAUUAGAGCUUAGCUAUCUCUCGACUCUGAAUCUGGAAGUUGCAGCGAUGUUGCUUCUUUCUUUGAUAGCCGUGUCCUUAUAA